UCGGAGCCUCUCCGGUUGCUAGGCUCUCGGGAGCCAGGUUCUCCCGUGCCGGGAGCCGUAGGACAAGAUGGCGCUUGCUGGACGACGGCCCAGGCUCUCGGGCCGCGGCUGCGAGCUCUGAGGCGUCCGGGGACAAAGGCGGCGGCGUGCCGGCCGGGCGUGGGGGCGGGGCGCGCCGUUGCAGAGGUGCCGCGUGGGACGGGCGCCGCGCUUCCGGUCUGCGGCCGCGGAGGCUCGGCCGACGGGGUCGGGGCCAGCGCGGCGGCGGCUUCCUAACGGAAGGCUGCCGGGAGGGCGACCCUCGUCCUGCCGCCGGCCCCGGCGCGCGCGCGGAAGCACGGAGACGAGCGGGCGCUUGGGGCCAGGUUCAGGCCGUUUUGAUGUUUCGUGUGACCACCCUCCCCGCAGGUUUUGGUAUGAACAGGAUUCGGAUUCACGUCUUGCCAACGAAUCGGGGGAGGAUCACCCCAGUGCCCAGGUCCCAGGAGCCCCUCUCUUGUUCUUUCGCUCACCGCCCGUGCUCUCAGCCGCGUCUGGAGGGGCAGGAGUUUUGCAUUAAGCAUAUUCUUGAAGACAAGAAUGCACCCUUCAAACAAUGUAGUUACGUCUCGACGAAGAAUGGGAAAAGGUGCCCCAGUGCUGCCCCAAAGCCCGAGAAGAAAGAUGGGGUGUCUUUCUGUGCCGAACAUGCUCGAAGGAAUGCCCUAGCAUUUCAUGCUCAAAUGAAGAAGAGCAACCCAGGCCCUAUGGGUGAAACCCUCUUGUGCCAGUUGAGCUCAUAUGCUAAAACAGAGCUGGGCUCACAGACCCCGGAGAGUAGCCGCAGUGAAGCCAGCCGGAUACUGGAUGGAGACAGCUGGAGUGAUGGGGACCAGGAACCCAUCACUGUGGAUCAGACAUGGAGAGGUGACCCUGACAGUGAAGCCGAUAGCAUAGACAGUGAUCAAGAAGACCCCCUGAAGCAUGCUGGUGUCUAUACAGCUGAAGAAGUGGCUCUUAUUAUGAGGGAAAAGCUAAUUCGUUUGCAGUCUUUGUACAUUGAUCAGUUUAAAAGAUUACAGCACCUACUCAAAGAGAAGAAGCGCCGUUAUUUACAUAAUCGGAAAGUGGAACACGAAGCUUUAGGUAGUAGUCUCCUGACUGGCCCCGAGGGACUUUUGGCCAAAGAGAGAGAGAAUUUAAAGCGACUAAAAUGUCUUAGGCGAUACCGUCAACGCUAUGGAGUAGAAGCCUUGCUACACAGGCAGCUGAAGGAACGCAGAAUGCUGGCCACAGAAGGGGCUGCUCAACAGGCUCAUACCACUCGUUCCAGUCAGAGGUGCUUGGCCUUUGUGGAUGAUGUUCGCUGCUCCAAUCAGUCUCUUCCGAUGACCAGACACUGCCUUACCCAUAUCUGUCAGGAUACAAAUCAGGUUCUCUUCAAAUGCUGCCAGGGAUCUGAAGAGGUACCCUGCAACAAACCAGUUCCUGUAAGCCUUUCUGAGGAUCCCUGCUGCCCACUGCAUUUCCAGUUGCCUCCUCAGAUGUAUAAGCCCGAGCAGGUACUGUCUGUGCCAGACGAUCUGGAAGCCGGCCCCAUGGAUCUGUACUUGAGUGCUGCCGAGCUUCAGCCCACUGAGAGUUUACCACUGGAGUUCAGUGAUGACUUGGAUGUUGUGGGUGACGGCAUGCCAUGCCCUCCAUCGCCGUUGCUAUUUGAUCCUUCACUAACUCUUGAAGAUCAUUCAGUCACAGAAAUGGCCGGAGGCCCAGGACAGAUGCAGGUGGCUGGGGAUGGGUGCAGAUCCCAGGGACCUCGGAAUGUAGAGAAGGCUUGUGUACCAUCCCCUCAGCGUGGAUUGGCUACUGCAAAUGGAAAGCCAGAACCCACUUCUAUCAGUUGACAGUCCAUUCCGGGAAUUGUUUGCCUUUGGAUUUGAACUUUCCAUUCUUCAGACAAGUGUAUCUCUGAUCAUCUCUCCCCGAAAAGAGACAGCUCAGACCACAUUGUUUCCUUCGGGGCUUUAGAGUGCUAUAGACAAACAAAGUCCAAGUUUGUGCGGAAUGGAUAUUUAGUAUUUAAGUUUUGGGAUUUUUUUGCAAGGAAGAGCAGAGCGUGAGGUGAUCCCUGCCUUUGGGAUGCAAUGCAUAUUGGAGACUGCCUGGGAAAGAGACAUUUCUGUAAUGGGACUUCCUAAGCCAUGGACAGAAAUCAACAUGGAUGUCUAGGUGGGGUUGUGGUCAAGAACGGUGCUCUUCAGGUGUUGGCUCUGAGUGUCUGCCUAGCUGGGUCUAAAGACCUGUAUUUAAGCCUUCCCUCUGCUCCACAUAAUUGGGCAAUAUAAACCCCUUUCCUAGUGAGCUGUGACUGAGAAAAGCAGCUCACAGGUCUGGGCUCUCUAAUUAUUCUUGCUUUUAACUUAUAUAAAUUCUGUGGUGGCUCCUCCAUGUAAGAUAUAGUGAAAUUACUGUAUAUAGUUUCUAUUAAAUGUUAAAAUGUUAUGAACAUGUAAUCUGAA